CCGGUUACGCAUUUCCUUUAGCGUUUCAUUAACUAAAGAUGAAGACAUUGCUCGUGUCACUGGUUAACUGUGUGAGUAUUUUACAUAUUUAUGGAAGAGCCGGAGACCCACUUCCGUGUCACUCCCCGCCACAGUGGGAGGCACAGGUGUACAUGCAAAACGUCAUGCUGAGAUAUACAGAGUGGCGUAAUCUUAGUUACGAUGCGGUUAACCAGAGGGAGUACCGGUCGGCGGAAGUUGAUGUGGCAGCAGAACAUGAUCAUAUCGACACACUCAUUCUCUGGAAAGAGAAGAAGAUGUACGAGGUGAACCGGUUUCUGCAGCAGUGUACCAUCACUAACCUGUCAGGGGUAUUCCGGCCCCGGGGAGUGCCGCCCUUAAAUACCACGUACGAGGAGGGUUACGUGAUUGGGGGUCAGGGUAUACCAGGAGAGUAUAUAACUGUCUAUAAUUUCUACACAGAACUUCAAGACGGUCACCUGACCAGUCUCGUGUCCUAUCCGAGCUGUUUCCCUAUUUGGGAUUACCACUUUACUACUGACCAGGGGAUCCAACACACCAUAUACAAUGGUGUUACUGUAGGUAUUACCAAUCCGAAUGUGUUCGACGUCCCAAAGCUGUGCCUCAAAUAGAUCUCACAACAAAUACGCCAUUUUUAACUGGAUUUGUUUAUUUACAAUUUUAAUAUUCCAUAUUUCCUAUCUUUUAAUUUGUAUAAAA